AUGACUGAUGUAAUAUUAAAAGAACCAUUAACCACUGAAGAAAUAGCCACAUCUAAAAGGUGUCUCGAGGAGCUGGAUCCCGAAAAUACAGGGAUCGUUACCUCGGAGAAUGCUAAACGUUUUGUGCUUACGAGUGGAUUGAGUCCCGACGUCUUGGACCUUCUGUGGUCGUUAAUUGACCGUCAAAACAGAGGAUUUCUUACCUCAAUGGAAUUUGCUGCUUUAUUGAGAUCCAUUGGGAACCUAGAAGAAGCUCCAUUUUCGCCAAUAACUACAAAACUAUUUGAAAAACCGUCAGCAAAUGGUUUUGUACAACAAAAAGGGCCAGAAAAGGCUUCUAUUUUAGAAGAAGUUGCCCCAAAUUUGCCUUUACUUUCGUCUAACGAUCUUUCUAAAUUUUCCCAAUUGUUCGAUAGAACUACAGGUAACUCGAAGGAAUUCCAAGGCCCUCAAGCGAAAAAUAUUUUUCUGAAAUCAAAAUUAUCGAAUGAGACAUUAGCAUCCAUAUGGUUUUUAUGUGACAGAAACCAAUCUGGUUCUUUGGAAAAGGAGGAGUUUAUCAUGGCGAUGCAUUUGAUCGACCUAUGUUUGAGAAAAAAUGAAUUAAUGACUCCAGUGCCAAAAAGACUAUCUAAAGCUUUAUGGGAUUCCAUUGAUCUUAAUACAUUGUCAAGAAGAAAUACGCUAUAUGCCAGAGCUGUUUCAUCAUCACCAAAUCCAACACCUUCUCGGAGCUUAUCCGCUUCGAAUACAAAGAGUACAACUAAUUCCGAAGGGAUGAAAAGUGAUGUAGCGCCGCCACCAACUUCAAGUCACAGUAACGGAAAGUCUACUGAAUUACUGGAUUCAAAACAACAAGUUACAGAGAGCCUCCAAAGUAAACCAAUAUUCAGUCCAUUUGAUGGCGAAUCGAAUGAUUGGCGUAUAUCUAUGGGCAGAAAACAAGAGUUCAUAAAAAUAUUCAGAAUUUUGGACAAACGGAAUAAAGGUUUUUUGGAAUCAACUGUCCUUGUCCCAUUUUUCUUGAAGUCUAAGCUAGACAAAAACACCUUAGCAAACAUAUGGGAGUUAUCCAGUCUCAGAAAACAGAAUUCCAUGAAUGAAACUGAAUUUAGUGUUGCAAUGUUUCUGAUCGAGAAAACUAAGGCGAAUGUACCUCUUCCAAAGUCCUUACCAGAUGAUAUUUUCCGCUCUCUCAACGAUUCCAAAGAAACUGCAUUGAAAAAUACUAACGAGAUGACAAGAAUUGAAGGACAGCAAGUAUCAAGCCGGGAAAUUAAGGAUGAUGGAGAUCGUAAUAUAGCAGAGAAAUUGAGCCAUGUAGAAUUAAAAGAAGAGCCGGGAGUGCCUGAAAUUGAUAAGUUGACGUUAAAAAAACUGGACAAUCUACACAAAUCAUUAUUCCAGUCUCGAAAAUUAACCGAAGUAGUAUCAUCGAAAAUAACAGAAUCAAUUAAACGCAGUACCUUAUUACAGCGACAAUUGGAAGAUAUUGAAAUGAAAUUGAAUCCACUUGAUUCCAGACUUGUCUUUUUGAAAGAUGAGAUAAAUAAAGGUGGUAAGAAUAGCACUUUAGAAAAGGAAAUUGAUGAAUCGACUUCACUUGUUGAUUCGCUCCAUAGAAAAUUGAUAAUUAAGGAAAAGGAACUGGAAAGUGAUGAACAAUUGAAGAAAGAGACAGUUGAAGGCCUUGGAAAUGAUAUUAAAAAUGUGGACGAGAAGCUACAAGAAUAUAUUUCCAAAAAAAGACAAUUAGAAACAUAUGACAAGUCAAUAAAUGAGAAAAAAAUCAUUUUAGAACGCAAGUUUAGGGAAUUGGAAGAACAAAAGAUCGAAUUAGAAAGAUUAGAGACUGAAUUCAAUGAAAAAUCUGAUAGAUUGAAAUUAAAGAAUGAAUCUUUGCUGAGGGUUGAAGACACAAUCAGAGAAAAAGAAUAUUUGUAUGCACACCGACUAACUGAAUUGGAAUCCAAGUUGAAUAAAGAGACUUCUAAUGAUUUAAUGAGUCCUUCCUCAAAUACUGCAUAUACCCCUUGA